CGCAGAGGCGAGCGCUUCGAGUUCCCAGCCGUGGAGGAGGAUGUGAUCUAUGACGACGUCCCCUGUGAAAACCUCGAGGCUGAGCAGGACGGGCCAGAGCGCAGCCUGAUUUAUGAGGACGUGCAGCGCGGAGACGAGGGGCCGCGGGAAGCGGAGGAGCUGGGCUGGAGCUCCAGCGAGUUCGAGAGCUACAGCGAGGACUCGGGCGAAGAGGCCAAGCCGGAGGCCGAGCCGGUCAAGCACCGGGCCUCCUUCCAGCCCAAGCUUUCUCCAGACCUCCAUAGGCUAAAGGAGAGAUACGCCAGGACUAAGCGGGACAUCCUGGCGUUAAGAGUUGGGGGGAGAGACAUGCAGGAGCUGAAGCACAAGUACGACUGGAAGAUGACUCAGCUGAUGAAGGCUGCUAAGAGCGGCACCAAGGACGGGCUGGAGAAGACCAAGAUCGCCGUCAUGAGGAAGGUCACCUUCCUGCAGCGCAAAGAGGUGCCGGGUGAGUCGUGGGAGAGCGCCCGGGCAAACACCCCUUCUGCUCUCUCCGACAUGAAGCCCCCGCCGCCGGAGCUGAGCCCCAUGCCCGCGGGGCUGAGCCCGCAGCAGGUAGUUCGGCGGCACAUCCUGGGCUCCAUCGUGCAGAGCGAGAGGAGCUACGUGGACUCCUUGAAGCGCAUCCUGCAGGAUUACAGGAACCCCUUGCUGGAGAUGGAGCCCAAGGUGCUGAGCGCCAGGAAGUGCCAGCUGGUGUUCUUCCGUCUCAAGGAGAUCCUGCAGUGCCACUCCAUGUUCCAGAUCGCCCUGGCCUCUCGUGUGGCUGAGUGGGACGCCACCGAGAAGAUCGGGGACCUCUUCGUGGCCUCGUUCUCCAAGUCAAUGGUGCUGGACGUGUACAGCGAUUACGUCAACAACUUCACUGCGGCCAUGUCCCUCAUCAAGAAGGCCUGUCUCACCAAACCUGCCUUCCUUGAGUUCCUCAAGAAACGGCAGAUGGCCAGUGCUGACCGGGUCACGCUCUACGGGCUGAUGGUGAAGCCCAUCCAGCGGUUCCCGCAGUUCAUCCUGCUGCUGCAGGACAUGCUGAAAAACACCCCCAAGGGCCACGCAGAUCGACUGUCUCUACAGCUGGCCCUCACUGAGCUGGAGACGCUGGCUGAGAAGCUCAAUGAGCAGAAGCGCUUGGCCGACCAGGUGGCCGAAAUCCAGCAGCUGGGCAAGAGCCUCAGCGAUCGCAGCGGCCUCAACAAGCUGCUGAGUUCGGGCCAGCGACAGCUCCUGCUCUGUGAGACCUUGACAGAGACAGUCUAUGGCGACCGGGGGCAGCUGCUCAAGUCCAAGGAACGCAAGGUCUUCCUGCUCAACGACAUGCUGGUCUGCGCCAACAUCAACUUCAAGCCCGUGAACUCAAGGGGGCAGCUGGAGAUCAGCAGCCUGGUGCCGCUGGGCCCCAAGUACGUGGUGAAGUGGAGCACGGCGCUGCCGCAGGUGCAGGUGGUGGAGGUGGGCCAGGAGAGCAGCAGCGGCCACGACAAGGACCACGCAGGUGGCCACAGUGGCCACAAUGCCAGGAAGCACUCAGCCACCAGCCAGACCUCCCACAACAAGGUGUACCUGGGGCCACCACGGCUCUUCCAGGAGCUGCAGGACUUGCAGAAGGACCUGGCGGUGGUGGAGCAGAUCACCUUGCUCAUCAGCACACUCCACGGCACCUACCAGAACCUGAACAUGACGGUGGCGCAGGACUGGUGCUUGGCCCUGCAGAGGAUGAUGAGGGUGAAGGAGGAGGAGAUCCACUCGGCCAACAAGUGCCGCCUCCGCCUCCUGCUCCCCGGCAAGCCGGACAAGUCCGGCCGGCCCAUCAGCUUCAUGGUGGUCUUCAUCACGCCCAACCCGCUGAGCAAGAUCUCCUGGGUCAACCGGCUGCACUUGGCCAAGAUCGGGCUGCGGGAGGAGAACCAGCCGGGCUGGCUCUGUCCUGACGAGGACAAGAAGAGCAAAGCGCCUUUCUGGUGUCCCAUCCUGUCCUGCCACGUGCCUGCCUUCUCCUGCAAGGCCCUCGACCUGCAGCUCGCCGCCGCCGUGCACGCACCGGUGCAGUCCUCGCUGCUGGGCUUCUCCGCCGUGAGCACCUCGCUGCCCCACGGCUACCUCUGGGUGAGCGGAGCCGAAACCAGCCCGGUCGGCGGGGGCCAGGACGGCGCCGGUGGCCACGUGGAGAUCUUUUCCCUUGGGAAUGGGGAGGGGAGGGCAUGGGGCUUCUCCGGCCGCUUUGCCCAGGGGGUGCUCCCCGGAGCGCAGCCCGUGCUCUGCCUCAAGCACAGCCACGACUACCUCUUCGCCGGCCUGCAGGACGGCACCGUGGCCGCCUACGCCAGGAAUAACGGAGGGCCGGAGCGGCUGGCGGAGCAGCCGGCCUGCCUGGCCGUGGGCACCGGCCCCGUGCGGGCGCUGCUGGCCCUGGACGAGAGCCUCUGGGCCAGCUGCGGCAACCGCGUCACCGUCCUCGACGCCGGCAGCCUCCAGCCUCAGGUAGCCCCCGCUAUUU